CGUGGCAUUUUACUCUCGCCGACAUAGGUCCAUUCGAACAUACAGCGAUCAAACCCGACUGGUACCAGCCAAGGGAACCGACCGUUUCUUGGCGGUGCCACACAUUGCACCCAAUCCGGCUUGGCCCGACCGACUUACACCAUAACUGCAGGUGACACUUGAGGAGACAUCACUAUACUCAGUGCUUCAUCUUCUUUCUUUGGCAAUUCGAACUCUUAUUGUUGGGUUGAAAUUACUUCUUGUAUACCAUACCCACCAGCACCAGAUUGUGUCGGAAACGAGGAGAAAAGUGCACAGCAACUGGCCCGGUUCAUACAAGGAUAUAGGCCAAGGUCAAGCGACAGCCAGCGCUUCGUAUUGUGUUGAAAAGUGCCGCCAUUAUCGAGCUCCAGCCCACUCGAGUCAAGAUGCAUGCAAAGCCUCAAUUGCAAUUAUACGGGCCGGAUGGGCUAAUUGAAGGGCUUGGACUGAAGUCGCUAUUCGCCUUCAUUUCGGCCAAGGCAAUGCGCGGAGGGCCUCGUCUCUUUUCCCAGGUCGCGAUAUGCAUAAUCGUACUCAUCACUCUGACGAGGUUGCUACCAACAAGAUUUACCGAUGUCGCAUUUGGUUCAAGUUACACGAGAAUUCUGAAAUGGAGGCCAACCGCAGAACAUGAUGAUGGGAGUGUCGGCGGAGGCCUAAGGAUAGUUGUGUUCGGAGGAGGUGAUGUUGCAACACCCAACAAAGAACCUCAGGAGUCCGGAUUCGCGGACAAGUCAUGGACAGAGGUCCUUUGCCAGCAGUUGGAUGAUUGCAACGCGCAUCUGUCAUACAUGCCGCGCACUGAGAUCCAAGGAGGAUCCAUCAUCUCGAAUGCCUUGUAUAGAGACCACCUGGAUGCAAUCACAUCAUGGCCGAACGCGACACAAGGAGCCGGCUACGAUUACUCAUGGAUGCUGGAGCAACAUCCUGUGCCGACGCAACUGCCAGAUCUUGAAGAGCAGGUCACUGCCUUUCUCACGACGCCCGCGCCCCGGCAUCCGCCACGCGAAACACUUUGGGUUUUCAACUACGGUUAUUGGGAUGUUUGGAAGCUAGCGGCUAUGCCACGCGAUACCGCAAAGGAGGCAUUGGAAAUCCAGGCCGAGCAUCUCUUUUCGCAAAUCGAAUUACUGUACGAAAAGGCACGUCACGACGAUUCAAUUGCCUACUCAGACUUUUACACUGUCCUGGAGAAUACGACAGCGCCCUCUAGCGAAACCGAUACUGCUGUGGUGCUGGACGUACCAGCCGAGUCGUUCCGUAUCUUCAUACCAUCCCUAUUUGACAUUUCUCUCACACCGGGUUUUGAGACUUCCCGACCACAGCCUCCUGCACCCCACUCGCGGGCAAGGGAGAUGGUCAAUGCCGUAUACCUAACCGAUCAGUGGGAGCAACUCAUGACCGAGUGGAUUGACGCCUGGAUCGCUAUUCCCGAUCCGAUUGCCAACGGUACCACCAACGAGACAGCUCUUGUCGAGAAACGCGAUGCCUCUGGACGCAAAGUGUUUGUUCCUAACGCGCGGCGCGAAGCUAUUACAUACGAUGUGCCCAAGUAUCUCAAAGAACUCAUCGUCGACCGCCAAUUGCGAGACUCUGAAGUUGCGGACCACAAUGGUCUCGGCAACAAACCUCUUGAGGAGGGUUUCCUCGAGGUUUCGCAGCCUUGCAUGUCCCUAAAUGCCGGGGGUAACAGCACGACCAUAACACUGUCCAAGCACAAAAAGGCUUUGCCUAGCAGCCAGGCGCCUAUAAGCAUGUGUUCGACGCCGGACGAGCACCUUUUCUGGACAGAAUUUACUGUUGGGCAGAGAGCCAUAAACGAGAUUGGUAAAGCUGCCGCAAACCGUUUCAGGAUGCACGUGUGGAAAGGGGCCAAUUGGCUCAAAAAAUGGCAAGAAACGGAAUUGACACCACGGGAGUUCACUGGAUAAAAUUAAAAAGAGAGAGAGAGAGAGAGAGAAAAGGAGAACAAAGAGACACAUGCACUCAUUCAACUCUUGACUGUAUGGCUUUGCGACCAUUGCCGACGAUCAGUUGACCGCCCCCCUGGUCGUCACCAGUCCUCAUCUCGGCUCAUAGCCAACGCUUCGGCCUCAGGUGUUGGGAUCAAUGGCGUCCGGU